UGGUGCAAGCCUCUGCUGGCCCAGUCCACGUCCACCGUCCACCGUUUCCCGUCCCCAUUCGGCUCGGUUCGCCGCCACUCAAAUACAGACCAGACAAGACAAGUCAGUCAGUCAGUCAGUCAGUCAGACAGCCGAGUGCAAUUUCGAAUCCACUGGUCAUCUGUUGUUCGUGCACAACCACCGGACGGCUGCAUCCUUCCCCAUUCCCAGUGCUGGAGGUCAUGUUUACUUCGCCCGCCCCUGCGACAACCUCCUCCCUCUCAGCGGGCGUUAUCUCCUUGGCUGCUGGCAACCCAGCCUCGUCGUCUGCGUCUCACGCACGCCCCCACCAUCAUCACCCUCGCCCUGACGUCCGCCCUGACGGCCCAUCAUCAGCAUCGUCAUCGUCAACCACCACCUCAAGGACAAGGAGGGGUCUAUCAUAUCUACGAAACUAUACCCAGAACCACCUUCUGUCCAGAGACCACAGCAGUAACAGCAACAGCAACGCUACCAACUAUCCUACCUCCCCUGUCUCUCCCGUCUCGCCUACCUCCUCCUCGUCCUUCUUC